AUUCUUUUUUUUAGGGGUUAGAAUGCAUAGCGUAAAUAAAAUUUGGCAAGUAAUAAAUUUAGUUUAAAAACAAUCAGUAUUUUCGAUGAAAAUCGGGCGAAUUCCAAUUGUAAUGGAUCUACAAAAACGGUUUCGAGGAUGUUUACUAGGUGGUUUAACAGGAGAUUGCCUUGGAGCACCUUUUGAAGGCGAUACAAUGACACCGGGAUCAAGAUUAGUUUUACAUAAUUAUAUGGACAAAUUGUAUGGAGAAUAUACAUCAGGCCCAGUAAAGAAUUACACAGAUGAUACAGCAAUGACAAAAGCAGUUGCAAAUAGUUUAAUCGAAAACGAAGGAUUUGAUGCAAAAGAUAUGGCUAAGAAAUUCGUAAAUGAAUUUUAUUCAGAUCCAGGACGUGGUUAUGGUGAAGCGAUACCAAGAGUAUUCGAUAAGUUACGUAAACAAAGGUAUUCAAAUUUGUACGAUCCAGCCCAACAACAAUUUGGUGGUAGUGGAUCCUAUGGAAAUGGAGGCGCAAUGCGAAUAGCACCAAUAGCUUUAUUUUAUCAUAAAAAUUUUAAAAAAAUGAUUGAAGUUGCCACAAACUCAACAAAAUUAACGCAUGCAAAUAUUAUUGGAGUUAAUGGUGCUUUGUUACAGUGUAUUGCAAUUCAACAAUGUUUGCUAUUAAAAAAUGAGCCACAAGAACGUUUAAAUGAACUGAAAUUUAUUCAAGAUAUUGCAACAAAAAUGGAGACUUUGGAGAAUGUUGAUUCUGAUAUACAUGAUUUCAAACGGCCAUAUCAAGAUCAAUUGCUUGAACUCCAAAACUUAUUAGAAAAUCCAGAUAUUGCCUAUGAUGAAAAUGUUAUUAACAAAUUAGGAAAUCGUAUUGUAGCUUUAUACUCUGUACCAACAGCAAUCUAUUGUUUUCUACGUGCAACGCAACCUAUGAAAGAGAUAAAGACUGAUAAUCCUGUAAGACGUGCCAUACAGUAUGCGAUUUCAUUAGGUGGUGAUACGGAUACAAUAGCAUGUAUGGCGGGUAGUUUAGCUGGAGCAUAUUAUGGUGAUUAUUAUUUCAAUGAAUCAAUUCGUAAACAUUGUGAAUCGUCCGAAGAUAUUGUAAAAACCGCUGAUAAAUUGUUUCAUAUUAUGCAAACACAAUAUCCUGCAAAGGAUGAAACCGACAAAUAAAUGUACAUUUUAUUGGCCGAUUUCUUAUGUAUAUGAAAAUAAAUGUAUUUUUU